GUCGUUGGCGUACUUGUUGGCUCUCCGAAGGACCGAACUGCAUGGCAGCAGGUUACUGAAGCCGCUUCAGAGGCUCUCGCGGUGGCACUGGGCUCGUAUCGAUUCAAAGCCUCUCGAAGCAGCCAUCGCCGAGGUGACUUCGCCAGUGGUAAUUUUGGGAUUGCUCAUGGCGGGGGUCGAAAGGAGCCUGGCAACAUACGGGUCUCUUCGCUCCACAAUGUUGAGGUUCUCCAUGCCCUUUUUUCUAACCCGUAUAUCCAGUAUAUAUUGGGGUUCACUAGCAGCUCAUUGAACCUCAUUGCCCCUGAUCUGUACACAUACUUCUUCACGGUCCUGUCAGGUAUUUGUGCACAGUAUCCCCUCCUUGCUUGCUUCUGGGCUGGCUCGGUCUUUGCUUGCUGCUGUUUCAAUUUCGGUCCAAGGGUCACGGCCUACAUCCACACGGACAACUUCAACAUCCCCUUUGGAUGGUGCGCCAUCACUGCAUUGGGCCGGUUCAAUGCGAAGCGUGGGGGCCACUUAGUCCUCUGGGAUUGGCGGCUCGUGGUUGAGUUUCCACCUGGCUCUACUAUAUUCAUUCCCUCUGCUCUAGUGCGACAUUCAAAUAUCCCUGUCAGCGGGCAUGAGAAGCGCUUCUCCAUUGUGCAGUGGAUGCCUGGGCCGCUUUGUCGAUGGUUUGACUUUGGCUUCCGC